CAGUUUGCAAAACCCUCUCGCGCCCUGCUCCACCAGCCUCCGACAAAUUCACCUCGCGCUUCUCUCUGGUUUCGGAAACGAGUACCCGGCGAAAUUUUGAAAAUUCCCGCCCGGUGGGAUUUCACCCGGAAGUGACGGUUUUCGGCCAGUUACUGCGAAAUACCGCGAAAUGUUACCGGUUCGAGUCCUACGGCGCUGCGCCGGUUUUUCCGGUUUUCGGGAGCAGUGAAGGGUAACUGAAUCAGCCUUAAAUUAGUCCAAAUUACAAACUGCAAAUUUAUAAGCUACGAUACUUGUUAUAAGUGGUAUUGAUUACAAUGAGACGUAGAGAACGAUGUCAUCUCUUCUCUCAUGCGUGAACACUUUUGAUUGUGUGACGAUUGGAACUUCGCUGAAAUACGGGUGUGGUUCGGUUAUGUGAAUUCGAUGAAUUGAAUCGGGAUGGUGCUUAAUCAGUGCAUGAUGAACUUGAGACACUUUUUCUGCCUCUGCAAACUGCCUUACAACAUCUUCAUCACGUAAUUUUCCAAACAAUUUCGUAUCACAAGCGUCAACAAAUGAAAUUACCAAGUAUCCUCAAUCUUGAACCGAACUUUACAUUUGUUCUAUAUUUUGGAUUUGAUCAAAUCGAGAAUACUUGACGGAGCAAAUUAAGGAAGUUACGCUUGAAAUGCCUCCGUGCGCCCUUAUUUGUAAUUUUUUACUUUUGAAAUUGGCAAAUUUUAGAACUCCAAGUGAUUCCACUUGAGAUGGAGUAAAAAUUUAAUCCAACCCUAGUAUUUAAAAUUUUAAACUAGUCCCAUUGGUCCCUGAAUGCCUUGGUUCGUUUCAUUCCUUCCCGAUAUAGUAUCUCCCUUAUAUUUUGUUUAAUUUUUUGUUGUAUUCUUUAAAAUCCUUCAGGGAAAAAAUUCCAUUACAAAGCUAAGCAAUCUAUAUUACCUCAUUAGUACUUCUAAGGUCUGUAUAAUCACGGUUCUGCAUCUAGCGAGGCUACUAAAAACUAUAUGACCAUUACCUUAUCUUCGAUUCGUCGUGUCAGGAAACUCAAAAAUUAUCAUUGUGCCUUCAAUUCAGAAUUAUUUAUCAUAUUUACAAAAUUCUAUAUUUUAUAGUCGGUAUAAAUAUUUUUUUAUCUAAACCAAAUCGUCUUAUCAAUAUUUACAAAUUUUGUGAUAACUUUAACGCGUGGAAACGAAGGAGAAAGAAGGAUUCUCUCCGUGCAGCACAGCCUUUUGGAAGCCAAGGAGAGCAUUCAAAGAGGCGGAUACCAAAUUUGGAUUACGGAGUAUACUUGUGUCAUUCCCUCCCCGGAGCGUCGUCCCGCGUUUGCUAAACUUAGUUUAUUUUUCUAAAUUAAUAAAAAUCAAGUGUCCCGAAUCACGACCGUGAUCUGUGAUCUGUGUGUGUGUGUGCCGCAGGAAUAAAACCAGUGCGCGAUGUGGCUCCCGAGUUUGCGGUCCGCGUAACCUGUGAUAGCCGAGCUGGGUAUGUCGAGCUAAGCUGAGUGUCCGAGAGUGGCCGCAAUGAGUUCCUACUUCGCCAACGCGUACAUGCCCGACAUGCGCAACGGGGGCGUGGUCCCGCCGGAGCACCACCAGCACUACGGCGCCGCGGUGGUGCCCCAGGGCGGCGAGGACCCCAGCCAAUGCGGCGUGCCCCCGCACCACUACGGCGGCCCGCCCGCCGCGGGGCAACCGCCCCAGGGCAUGCCGUACCCCCGCUUCCCGCCGUACGACCGGAUGGACAUCCGCAACGCGGCCUACUACAACGCCCAGCAGCAGGGGAUGGUGGACCCCGGGUACCGGCCCGACUCCCCCGGGAUGGGCGGCGGGGGGAUGGUGAACCAGAACGGGCACCAGACCCCGGUAGUCUACGCUAGUUGCAAGCUCCAGGCCGUCUCGAAUAACGGCAUGGUCGGGCCCGGGAGUCCGCCCGACCUGGAGAUGAACUCGCACCACCCGCACCCCCACCCGCACCACAUGAACCACCACCAGCACCACCAGACGAACCACCAGCCUCCGCCCAACCACCAGAUGCACCAGCAACCGAUCUCGGCGCAGGCCACGCUGCCGCCCAACCAGAUGAUGGGCUACCAGAACGGGCCGCACCAGCACCACCAGGCGGCCCCGCCGCAGCACGUAGUUAGUCAACAGCAGAGCCAGCCGCCUCCGCAGCAGCAGGCGCCGCCUCCCAACAACACCUCGUCGUCCCUGCCCAGCCCGCUCUAUCCUUGGAUGAGGAGUCAAUUCGCAGAGAGAAAGAGGGGACGGCAGACCUAUACCAGAUACCAAACAUUAGAAUUAGAGAAAGAAUUCCAUUUUAACCGGUACCUAACAAGGCGGAGGAGGAUAGAGAUCGCGCACGCGCUUUGUCUAACAGAGCGGCAAAUCAAAAUAUGGUUUCAAAAUAGGCGCAUGAAGUGGAAGAAGGAGAACAAAUCCAAAGGGGGCGACGGAACGGAUGGGGGCGAUGGCAGUGAUAUCACCCCCCAAACCUCCCCUCAAUAGGAAUAAGAAAUAUUUCAUAAUCUUCAAUACCUCCUCUUCUUUUUUUUCUCUCGAAAAAAGAAAAAUUGAUCGGAUGGUAGAUUUCAAAAUCGCUUCUCUUCAAAAAAUCUAAAUUUUUUAUAUUUUGGUAAACCGUACUGAGCUCUGAUGUUUCCAAAAUAUACUUUUGCUAAAAUAUGAAAAUAAUUUCAUCCUGAAAAAAGGUAGGUAAACUUGACAUUCAAUAUAUUACCCACGGUCGUUUUGAAGGAGCAAACGGCGCCAUGGAAAACUCAAGCCCCAUACACUUGUGUCGUUAUCUCCAUCAAAUUGUGGAUCAUUACUUGGAAGUUUUAUGCUGCUUUUAAGCGUUCGGUCGAAAAAGUCCUGCAAUUUCUUACUAAGAUGACCAAUUUGAUAUUACUUUCGAAAUUAUCAGUCUAAAGAAGUAAUACGAACAAGAUUUUUAGGUGCAUCUAAUCUGUUUUUCUCAAUCAGAGCAUUUGACCUAUUGAAGGCGAAAACGUGCUUAUUAAUCGGUAAAAAUCAAUGAGAAAGCGUGAUUUUGAAACUUCCUCCGAUCAAACCCCAGUGAAAUGGAUCUAAGUCAAUAUAGUCAGUAGUUAAUCUUAUAUAUAGUCAUGUAAAAAGUAUAUAGACCAUUUUGUACAUAGUCUUUUUAAAACAUUUGGUUCCGAUACAUUCUUUGUAUUACCUAUCAAUUUUUUCUUGUUUUGUGUGUUUUAAAGUUUUCUAAAAAAUAAAAAAUAAAUAAAAAAGUUAAGUAAUACUCUUUCUACUUACAAGUCUUGGGCUAUGAUCUUCACAAUGCCCCGUCGAGUUAUAGAAGGAAUAAAUAUUCCUGAGUUGAUUUCCUCAAUUUAGAUGUCAGCGUGGGUCACGUUUGAGAAGUGAGUGUGACGAUAAAAUUAAAAAUUACUUUUUUAAGCAAAUGAUGUGUAUAAUAAUGAUGUCCAAAGUACCUUACAAUGGCUAAGAAUUGUGAAAAUGUAGUGAGCAACGUCCUUGUCCCUUUCUUUCAACUUUGAAAAAUGUUUGACAAUUCUUCGAAUUCAACCCUCAAUUUUUUUGGGCUCUAAACGAAAAAACUUUUUAGUCUAGAGACCUUAGAAUGAAAUUAACCAUAUGCAAUCAUUUUACAAUGCUGAUAUAUUGAUUUAUAGCUUUUCAAGCCAAACCCUCUGACAUGCAUUGCAGCGUGUACCGAAACUUCAACUUUAUCCAUAUUUUCCCAUGAUUGCCAUUGUUAAUGUCUCAAAAUCGUCAAAUCUAUAGAUUCUCUUUUAUUUCAUUUCAAUUUUUUUCUGUACAUUUAAUAGUGCAAUAUAGGUUAUUAGAAGUUUUUUUAUUUUCUCUUAUUUUAACAUAUUCAAUUGUCAAAUUUUAUUCUUUGAAGAAAUUUACCCAUCUUUCGGAUUCUUUUCUCAGCAAUAAAGAAAACAAAAUUCAAGCUACAAGUAUUUGUGACCAAUUAAGUUUCGUCCCUCUUUUGUUUGUUUUCUUCUUUCAUUCUUUUUUUAUUUAUCAAAGCGUUAAUCUAAACAAAGUUCGCAAUAACAUAUAAAUUCAAGUAAACAAUAAUUUUCUUAUUAUUUUCACCAACUUGUUUUCAGUUUGACUAUGCGCUCCCUCAUUCUUCACUUCCAAAUAUUAGGUAAUAACACAAGUAAAAAUCGCAAAUUAAUAAUUUUUGAGUCAGUGCCAAAAGUUUGCAUAUCAAAACUUGUAGCCCUUCCUUUGACGGUCAUAAUAUUGAUUCUGCAGAUGAUUAUGCCAGAAAAAUCUUUGAAAACAUCAUCCAGCUUUUGUAUUGAAUUAUCAUACCUUUUAUACGUAUUUCAACCCGAAGACUUAAAAUUAUACGUACCUAAUGGUUUCGAUUAUUUAGGCAAAAAACUUACGCAUAGUCUUGUUUCUGCUCAAAUCUAAGCGAUUCUAUGUUGAUGUUAAUGUUACGUUGAAAGUUUAUUUCCAGAGAAUUGUGCAGAAUAUUUUUUUGGAUUAUAGUUGUUUACUUAAUUUAAUUUUCUUGUGUUUAAUGCUCCUAAUUUCUUUCGUCUUCGGAUACAAGUUUCUUCCUAUGUCAUCUUUUGAACUAGUACACAAAGUGAAUAACCACAAUUUAUUAGUAACGCUGAUCAUUGUUUUAACAAUUUUAGAGCUGAAAUACCAAGAAACAAUGUAAAAAAUGAAUAAAAAUGGGAGAACGAAACUGAAAUCGUCCUUUGAUAGAUUGAAGUCCCUCUGAAGAAAAUAUUUGGCCAAGAUGAGUCACUGAAAUAUUCUUUUAUUUUAUUCAUGCACUUUUUUUUACCCGCAUUUUGAAAAAAAAUUUGAGUUUCAACGAGGGAUUCAAGAAAAGAUUAUAUUUUCUUAAGUACAAAAUGUAUAUUGAUAAUGAAGAUAGUAUAGAUGACUUUGUACUUUCUCAAUUUGGUAACGUUGUUAUUGAUGUUUUAUUACGAUUAUUGAUUAUUAUAUUUAUUUGUAAUUAUUAUAAUAAUGCAAAAUUAUGAUUUAAGAGAAAAGAGUUCCUGAAAAUUAAUUUAUGGAGAGGUUAGAAUGUAUCGAAUUAAUUUUUCUUUUUCUUUUAUUCAUGGCCCUUUUCAUUCUUUUGCCGGUGUUGUGCAAAUUUUCACAUGAAUCCUUGAAAACUUCUGAUUUUAUUUUUGUACUCAAAAUCAUUAAGUAAGCUGCAAGUUACAUCUCGUUGAGAUACCUAUGUGAAACCUCAAUGUUAAUAUUAUUUUCGGUCAUACUUUCCCUUAGUGAUCCAUCUAUUGUACCCAAAAGCGUCAUUGAUUGUUUUUUAGAGAUCACAAUGAAAGUGAUUCCACCUUGAGUUACUUCCGCUUUUUAUUGCAGUUUUUGACUCCUUUCAACUUUAGUGGAUUCGCUGUUGUGAAAAAACUAAUUAUUAGAUUAGUUCACAAGAGAUGACAAGGUUCUACAUGCUGAGUUUAGGGUAAAUUGAAAAUUUCAUUAAAAUAUUGGACUUGAGACUUUUUCCCCUUUCGAAAUCAAAAUUUUUCACAAGCAGAAGUACUCGCAUCUCAAUCCAAAUAUCGGCAUCUCUACCAUAGAGAAAGGUGAUUAAAACACGUUGUUUUCAACGAGGAUAGUAUUGCUUUGGUGUUUAAGAACUCGUUACCAACACUUUUGCCAUCCAAAAAACUUCUUAAAAUAUCAGUUUGUCAAGCAAGUAGAUAUCGGUUUUUCAUCUUCUCGCGUAACCAAAAAUUAAAUGAGUGUAAUUGCUCGCAUAGCAUUUAUGUUUAUUUAAGGGUGAAGUUACCAUGCAGAAUGCGGAAGUGAGACUUCUUUUUUUAAUGUUUUUUUUCUUCUCCACCUCAAUUUUCUCACUUCCCAUCAAUUUGAGUCGGUGAACUUCUGACUCUAAAAGCAAUUAACACAGCAUUUUUAUUCAAUAGAAGUAAUCAUUUUCAUGAUGCCUAUUUUUUUUCAUAUUAUGAGAUCCCAACCUCAAAUAUUCAAUUUUUAUUUGCUCAUGAAUUUUUUUGAUCAAAAUUCAACCUCGGAGACAAAACAAAAGAGGGAUCCAAUUAAUGCAAUUUUAAAAAAAAAUGAAUAAAUAAAAAAAAGAAUACUAAUACACUUACACUGAAAAUGGGCACGGCUAUGGACCAAGGGUCAAAAUAAUACAGCCUACUUGCUAAACCGGCUCUACUUAUUGUGUUUUGUUUUAUGUUAUUUUAUUCUGUCCAUUUUAUUCUCGUCAUCAAAUUGAAAAUUCUUCUAAAAAUGCUGAGAAGCCAAACUGAACUGAGACGGAGUCUUCAUUUCACGCAGUUAAUCCCAUUCUCCGUACUUUUUUAAACAUGCGCAUUGAAGAGGGACCUCUUUCAAGAGUCCAUUCAAGCGCAAAUAUAAAUGAAAAACAAAACACGCUCAAGAUAUAUUUUAAGUGUGAUACAUUUUAUUAUUUAUGGAAUGACUAUUGACAGGUAGUUAGUCAAAAUGAUAUGAUCUCACAGUGUAGUUGACUGACGAAUAAAAAAUCUGUGGUAAUUGCUGAAUAACACGAAGUUUAAUUCCGGUUUAUACACAAGAUCAUAAAUUAGGCAUGCAUAUUAAUAUAAGAAAUAAAUUAAUUUACGUCAUUAGUUAAUAAUUUACCCCAUUCAGUUAUGUAAAAUAUCAAUACCCUAUUGAAUUUAUUAUUUAUUUCUAAAUUGUAUAGUUGUAUUUGUAUAUGUCUUUAACGGAAUCAUCACAUGAAAUAAAACUAUAAAUGAAAAGCAAA